AUGGCAGCCGUGGAUUUAUUACCAGGGCCUCCACCCGGCCGGGCGGACUUUCGACUUGAAGCCGGGAAGAAGGGGAACAGGAAGGCAGUUCUGGGAGCAGCGAGCCCACGGGUGGCAGCUGGAGGCCCCGCGAUGGCCAAGUUUCUUUCCCAGGACCAAAUUAAUGAAUACAAGGAGUGCUUCUCCCUAUACGACAAGCAGCAGCGGGGGAAGAUCAAAGCCGCGGACCUCCUGACGGUGAUGAGGUGCCUGGGGGCCAGCCCGACGCCUGGGGAGGCGUGGCGGCACCUGCAGACUCACGGGAUAGACAGAAGUGGAGAGCUGGAUUUCUCUACUUUCCUGACCAUCAUGCAUAUGCAAACAAAGCAAGAGGACCCAAAAAAGGAAAUUCUUUUGGCCAUGUUGAUGGCCGACAAGGAGAAGAAAGGCUACAUCAUGGCAUCUGAACUGCGGUCAAGACUCAUGCAACUGGGGGAGAAGCUCACCCCCAAAGAAGUGGAGGAUCUCUUCAGGGAAGCAGGUAUCGAACCGAAUGGCAAAGUGAAGUAUGAGGAGCUCAUCCAGAAGAUCACCACUCCUGUGCAGGACGACUGA